CUUAUGUGCGCAGUCGGAAGUUUGCCGUUGCAGCCCGGUGGUGACGUAAGAGCGUUUACAAGCUAGGCAUACUUGUGUAAUUUUGUCGAGAAAGACAUUUGUGAGAAGGAAAACGCUUAAGUCUACCCACCGGUACAAGAAGAAGUUUAAUAUGCUGUCUUCUUUUGUUGCGAAAAGGCUGCUUACAGGGGUUUGCCAGGCAGCAUGGAGACCGUCAAUCAUAGGGAUGGUAUCAUCCCGUGGUUAUCGUGGAGACGCUCCUGAUGGCCCCCAGGUUGACCUGAUUGAAAUCCCUUUGCCCCCCUGGGUAGAACGGGCAGAUGAGCCCAUUGACACCAAGAGACGUCGGCUUCUAUAUGAGAGUCGUAAGAGGGGCAUGUUGGAGAACUGCAUAUUGCUCAGCAUUUUUGCCAAACGAUACCUGAAUAAAAUGACCUAUAGCCAGCUGCAGCAGUACGACAGGCUGAUAAAUGAACCAAGCAACGACUGGGACAUCUACUACUGGGCCACGGAAACGUAUCCUACUCCUGAAGUCUACCAAGUAGAAGUCAUGGAAAUGCUGAAGGAGUUUACAAAGAACAAAAACCACGAACAGAGGUUGGAUGCACCCAGCUUGGACUAUCUGGAUGAAGAGUAUCAGCUGGAUCGUUCUUAGAGACUUACCAAAGGGAGUGAACACGAGUGCAAACAACAUCCAGAAAAAGCCACGCAAACUCAGCCUUGUUUCAUGCUAAUUUUAUAAAACAUGAAGUAAAAAAAGGAUUCUCAACAUAUUUCAUGCUGCAUUUCUGAUGGAAAAGGUAUAUCUAAAGUUGUAGCUGGCCUUUAAAGAUAGAACUGUAAUUAAGACACAGUAUUAAUAACUACUAUAUUAUAUGUGUGAUUCAUCACCAUAAAUGAAACUGGUUUGUUUGUGAGAUGCAUUCUGAUUAUUCAAGUUAUAAAUAAAUACUAGAAUAUGUGUAUUAUUUAAUAAAUGUUCUUAUUCUG